ACAUUUAUAGUUACGGAUUAGUUGCGUGGGAAAUUUUGAUGAAUGGAAUAGAACCGUAUGAUGGUAUGGAUAAUGAUGAAAUUAAAGAAGCUAAGCUUUCCAAAAAAAUUGAUGGAUUGAUUGAUGAACUUAAAGAAAAAGAUACACCGGGUGGAUUAAGAAAAGUUGUAGAAAAAUGCUGCAGCUAUAAUCCUCCUGAUCGUAUAGCUUUGGAAGAAGUUGAACUUCUCUUAUAA